AUGGCUCCCAAGAAUAACGCCAAGGGUGGUGACAAGAAAGGCGCUGCCGCCAAAGGCAAAGGCAAAGAUGCCGGUGCCGACGACAAGGGCAAAGUAAAGGGCGCACAAUCGAUCAAUGUGCGACACAUUCUGUGCGAGAAACAUGCCAAAAAGGAAGAAGCUCUUGAAAAGUUGCGGAACGGGACCAAAUUCGACGAAGUAGCCCGUGAAUUUUCUGAAGAUAAGGCUCGACAAGGAGGAUCGCUCGGGUGGAAGACGAGAGGGGAUCUGGAUCCCGCGUUUGAAAAGGUGGCCUUUGAGCUGGAGCCAAGUACGACUGCUAAGCCCAAGUACCAGGAGGUCAAGACGGGCUUUGGUUAUCAUAUCAUCAUGAUCGAGGGACGAAAGUGA